AAGAGAAUAAGAAAGAAGAGUAGAUGAACCAUAAGAAUGAAAGUACACAAAAUGAUGAAGUGUGACAAUCCAAACAAGAUUGGUGGCAAAAUGCUAAUCAGUGAAAGAGCCUAUUAUUGGCCACGAGGAAUUGGUCGAAGUAGAUCUGAAGGGAAUUUGAUUGACAUGGAAGCCUCGAAACUCUCAAAACAUCACAAUAUUACAGCAUGGCAAGGACGAGGCUUGCCUCACAACUGGCCAGAUGCUUCUACUCUCCAUGGUGAUAGAGAUGCCAAAGCUACAAAUCCAUUCUGGAGUGAACUGUCUGCCUCAAACCCAUUUCUGGAGGACAUCACACAGCUAAGAAAUAACAAAAAGAAAGAUAACAUGUCUAUAUUGAAGGAAGAUCCUUUCCUUUUUUUAAGACAAAUAGAAAUAGGAAAUUCUUUUGAUUCCUCUGGUGAUGAACUAGAUAUGGAUCAGGGGCUUAAGUCAUCUUCCUCAAGGACGUCAGGAAGGUCUAAGAGUGUUUCAGAGUUCCUGGAUGUCUUAGGUAGUACGACACACACUCACCACAGUAUACAAAGCUCUGAUCAGAUCCUAGUACAAGACUUAGAAUGGCUUCAAAACGACCGGGAGGCAUACAAAAUGGCUUGGCUAAGUCAACGUCAGCUGGCUCGCUCUUGCCUAGAUCUGAAUACAAUUAAUCAGAGUCCUGGGUGGGCUCAAACACAAACUGCAGAGACCAUUGCAGUUUGUACAUUAAAUCACCAAGGAGGGUCAGUUCAGUUACCUGACUCAGACAUCACUGUUCAUGUACCUCAAGGACACGUAGCUAUAGGAGAAUUCCAGGAGGUAUCUCUGAGAGCAUUCCUGGAUCCUCCACCAAAGCUGAACCAUGAUCUCUCCUGUACUAUAAGCCCUCUCUUGGAAAUCAGGUUAAGCAACCUGAAUACCAUGGAAGCUAUUUUGUUGGAGAUGAAAACUGGAACAGAAGUGAAAACAGAUCCUCUGAGCCAAGUCAUGACAAAAAUAGUGUGUUUACACAGCCUGGACAGAGAAGGCCCUUUCCAAGAGCUAAACAACUGCUAUGUCUACAAAGAUACCAUCCAAGCUAAGCUUCUUGAUCUGAGCCACGUAAUGUAUAUAGUCAUAGCUGCACAAGCUACGAUCAUUCAGCCACCAGCUGCUACUAUUUGGGAUUAUAUCCACAAAACCACCUCCAUUGGAAUUUAUGGACCCAAACAUCUCCAUCCAAGCUUUACUGCUGUUUUCACUGUUUGUGGACACAACUAUGUGCCAGGAAAGUUUACCGUCUCUGACAUUAGGAAGGGUGGAAAAAACACAUCUCCAGUCGUAUUUCACCUCUGGGGGAAGCAUUCGUUUUCACUUGACAAGCCACAAGAUUUAAUUAUUUCAGCUUUUUCAUGUGAUCCUGACUUUGAAGUAAAGGAAGAGGGAGAAAGAAAAGUAAUUGCGCAAGGGCAAUUGGAAGCAGGUGCGCUAGUACAUCAACAAGUUUUCUUUUCUUCAGUUGACCACAGAGAGAUGCACUUGUUUGUUUUCCGGGUUGAGGUAAAGGCCCCCAGUGGAAAACCAGUCACACAGUUCUUUGUCACUUCACCUGAUCCAGCCCCAAAUCUAAAAAGUUUCUCAUAUCUGCCAGACAUUUUCCAGAAGAAGAGAGAAGAUAGGAGAGCGUCUUUACUGUCAUCAGGACUUGUUAAGUAUCCCACAUUCCAAAAUAAAAACUUGAACUUUACCAGUUAUGGGGUCACACUGAAGACAGUACUGAGGCAAAGUAAGAUUGACUAUUUACUUGAGUAUUUAAAGGGGGACACAAUUGCCCUCCUUGGCGAAGGUACGGUAAGGGCCAUCGGUCAGUACAAAGUGAAAGAAUGGUACGUAGGAGUCCUCCGAGGUAAGAUCGGACUUGUGCAUUGCAAAAAUGUCAAGGUGAUUUCCAAAGAACAAGUGAUGUCUAUGUCUGAUGGCAUUUUGACAACCAAGAAUCUUCUGGAACAAAUUGCCUUGCCAUUUAAAAAUCUGACUUACGUAUACUCCGUUGUAUUGACUUUGGUGUCAGAAAAAGUUGACGACUGGCAAGUUUUAGCUAAUGUACUGGGUUACUCAAAUCUGGCACAGGAAGAUUUUGAUAGAAUUCAAGCUGACAAGGAACCAGAAAGGGUUUCUUACGUUGUCAAGAAGUUAAAGGAAGAUUGCCAUGAAGAUAGAAAUACCAGGAAGUUUCUUUAUGAACUGAUUGUGGCUCUGCUAAAAAUGGACUGCCAAGGAUUAGUGGCACGUCUUAUCCAAGAGGCUGUUAUUUUGACGUCAGCUGUAAAGCUUGGAAGAGGCUGGAGGGAACUUGCUGAGAAGUCUGCAGGACUCACUAAGCAUCAGAUGCAGGCGUAUGAAAAUCCUCACAGAGGGAAAUCUGGAGAAGUUUCAGCAGAGACAAUGUGGAAACCUGCCUAUGAUUUUCUCUAUGCAUGGAGUUAUCACUAUGGAAAUAGCUACAGAGAUGUGUUACAAGACCUUCAAUCAGCUUUGGACAGAAUGAAAAACCCUGUCACUAAACGGUGGAGAGAUUUAACUGGAAUUUUAAUACUUGUAAAUUCUUUAGAGAUUUUGAGAGUAACUGCUUUCUCUACUUCUCAGGAAAUAUAGAAUGGAGCAAAUUUGGGGAGAAAGAAUGGUAAAGGGAAAAGGGUGUGUGUGUGUGUGUGUGUGUGUGUGUGUGUGUGUAUGCGUACAUAACAAAGAAGGAGAAUGAACUCAUAAAGGUGUCUUACAUUUGGAAAACUAAGUGCAGAAAUCAAAUGUGGAAGACUACCCAUGAGUCUAGUAUAAAGUAGGUUUUCUGCCUUAAAAAGCUGGUUCUAAUUUUUGAAAAACCAUACCACAAA